CCCCAGGCGCACUUCUGCUUGCUCGGCUGUGGAGCCGGCCAGUCUCCGAGUUCCGCGGCUUGUCCGCCGGCGCCGCUCCCUCGCCUUCCCACUGGUCCCUCCCCCAAUUACAGUGGUCGGGCAGUGCCUGGCUGGCGGCCCGCGGGCGGGCCGCCCUCCCCACCGUAGCCCACCCCCUCUUAAAGCGGCGGCGGGAAGAUGAGGUUUCGGGAGCCGCUCCUGGGCGGCAGCGCCGCGACGAUGCCGGGCGCGUCCUUGCAACGGGCCUGCCGCCUGCUCGUGGCUGUCUGCGCGCUGCAUCUUGGCGUCACCCUCAUCUACUACCUGACUGGCCGCGACCUAAGCCGCCUGCCUCAGCUGGUCGGGGUCCCCACACCGCUGCAGGGCGGCUCUAACAGCGCCGCCGCCAUCGGGCAGCCCUCCGGGGAGCUCCGGCCCCGAGGGGCCGCACCGCAGCCGCCUUUGCGCGCCUCCUCCAAGCCGAGCUCGGGUGGCGACUCCAGCCCAGACGCAGACUCUCGCCCGGGCCCGGGACCCGCCAGCAACUUGACUUCGGCCCCAGUGCCCUCCACCGCAGCACGGUUGCCGCCCGCAUGCCCUGAGGAGUCCCCGCUGCUCGUCGGCCCCAUGCUGAUUGAGUUUAACAUGGCCGUGGACCUGAAGCUUGUGGAGAAACAGAACCCGGAGGUGAAUAUGGGUGGUCACUACACCCCCAAGGACUGCACCUCUCCUCACAAGGUGGCUAUCAUCAUUCCAUUCCGCAAUCGGCAGGAACACCUCAAGUAUUGGCUGUAUUACUUGCACCCAAUCCUACAGCGUCAGCAGUUGGACUAUGGCGUCUAUGUUAUCAACCAGGCUGGAGAAUCCAUGUUCAACCGUGCAAAGCUCCUCAACGUCGGCUUUAAAGAGGCCUUGAAGGACUAUGACUACAACUGCUUUGUGUUUAGCGACGUGGACCUCAUUCCAAUGAAUGACCACAAUGCCUACAGGUGUUUCUCACAGCCACGGCACAUUUCUGUAGCAAUGGAUAAGUUUGGAUUUAGCCUCCCUUAUGUGCAGUAUUUCGGCGGUGUCUCUGCUCUAAGUAAAGAACAGUUUCUCACCAUCAAUGGAUUUCCUAAUAACUAUUGGGGCUGGGGAGGUGAAGAUGAUGACAUUUUUAACAGAUUAGCUUUUAAAGGCAUGUCCGUAUCUCGCCCAAAUGCUAUGAUCGGGAAAUGCCGGAUGAUCCGCCACUCAAGAGACAAGAAAAAUGAACCUAAUCCUCAGAGGUUUGACCGAAUUGCACACACCAAGGAGACCAUGCUCUCUGAUGGCUUGAACACACUCACCUACCUGGUGUUGGACAUAGAGAGAUACCCGUUAUUUACCAAAAUCACAGUGGACAUCGGGACACCGAGCUAGCAUCUUGGUACACUGAUAAGAGACCCAAAAAUGGCCAAGGCCCUCUUCUGGGUGUCUCUGCCAGUCUGGGGCUGGUCCCUCUCAUUCUUACCAAUCAGAGUGAUAGGCCCUCUCCGCUCACCAUUCAGACGCCUUUCCAGACGACCAGGACGAGUGGGAUGUUUCGCUCCCAAUGUGGCUCGGCGCGUGACUUCUUAGCCCUACGAGGUGUAUGUAAGCAUAGAGACUGUCAGCCUUUGGGGGAUCCUCAGCAUGUUCACAGUGUCACCCCAAAGAAUCAGAGCUAUACACAGCCCCAAAUCUGGUGACUGUGGGACUCAAUUCCCAGUGAAAAACUGCUAACUUUUUGUGAGAUAGGUAAGAAUUUCGCUUUAAAUUGUGGUAUUAUUACUUUGUGAAAAAUUGGAAAGUGCUGCUGAAAUUGGAUUGGUGUGUUAUUUUUUGGUUGUCGUGUUAUUACAGAAAAACACACAAUUUUAACCAUUCUCAUUUACCCCUCCCCCACCCUCUUUCUAUAGUAUGCUCCUAUUACAAUCACUCUGUGUGUGUGUGUGGCUUUUCUUUCUUUCUUUUUUUUUUUUUUUUUUUGGCUUUUUAGGGCUGCACUUGCAGCAUAUGGAAUUUUCCAGGCUAAGGGUCAAGUUAGAGCUGCAGCUGCCGGCCUACACCACACCUCAUGGCAACGCCAGAUCCUUAACCCACUGAACAAGGCCAGGGAUUGAACCCAAGUCCUCAAGGAUACUAGUCAAGUUUGUUACCACUGAGCCACGAUGGGAACUCCCUGUGUCUUUUCUUAGCAAAAAAAUUUUAACACUUGAGCCUUGGAUCUUUCACCCUGGUGACUGUCAAGUCCAAGGCCACGUUAGGCACCAGAGUAAAAGCCUUGGGUAUUCUUCCAUUCAGUGGCCUUCCUCUAGAUUGUCUGAUUUCUGAAUGUAAAUCUUUUUUUAAAAAAAUAGCAGUUUGUAGUAUUUUAAAGAAAGAAAAAAUCACAUUCUAAAUAUGACUGAGCUUGAUUUUUGUGUUGAUACAGAUCUGCAUAAUCAUGGCAAUUUAUUUUUCUGAGCAUGCUAUAUAAACUUGAAUUUCUUAUGUAUUUUUAUUGUGGUGUUUUAAAUGUGGGGAGGGAAUUGAGCAUUUUUUUAGGGGAAAAAAUAUUGUAUGCUGUAGUGGUCUCACACGGGCCUCUGAUGUAGCUGGCAGGCCAGGUUUUCUGAAGAGCAAAAUCACCUUUGGACCCUUUGAUGAGAGCUCGGACUCUCCAUCAGCAUUAUGGAGCUGGGCCUCUUGGGGGAGGCCGAAGCCUGAGCCUGCCUGGCAGAGCUCCCCCACCUCUACCUCCUUACCCUCCGCAGGCAGGUGGGCAGGGCAGAGGGAAUCCCCACCUUCUCAGACUGGCCCCAGGACCUCCCAUUAGGGCCUUAGGCUGUGCAGUUGGAAAUGACAGCCAUCAGGUUAUUUCCUGGCCCUCAGCCUGGGGAGGUGGAAGAAGCCUCCAUCUAGCCCACCUUGUAGGACUGGUUCUCCUUCCUCCUCCCCCUGCCUCCCUCGUGAGGUCUUUCUCCUUAUUCCAUCACCCUUUUGUUCCUUUGCCUCUUGGCUCUUCCUUAAAACUGGCUUAUGGCACUCAGGGUCAGACUGACUAUUCAUUCUCCAGCAUGAAUGUGCCUUUUAAUUAGAGAUCUAGAAAAGUUCAGCUGGACCUUCCACACUCCCCCCACGACCACUCUGGUGCCUAAGCCUCAAAUUUUUUAGCAGGUGCUCCCACUCCAGGGAGGCUGACUCAAAGGGAGUGUCUUCCCCAAGCCUACCUCUGCUGCCAGAGGUUUUAGCCUGCCUAGGAUGAGAUAUGCAAGGUGGCUCCUGCCACUGGACGCCCUUGCUGGGUCCAGCCUGGGUUGACUGCUUAAGAUUCAGCUUUCUAGUCCCAGGGGUGACCUUUCAGCUGGGGGCAGCCAGAUCCCCACCACUGACCUUCUGGAAGCCAGCCCCCAUUGUGGAGGCUGAGCUGGUGCCUGGCCCCAAUCUCACCUGUGCCUUUAUCGCUUUGAGCAUCUCAGCUGCUAACUUGGUUCUUUUUUCCAGAAGCCUUUGUAAUGGUUACAAAUUAUUUUCCAUUACAGAAGCAGUUGGGCCAUGCAAAGAGUAUUCCUUUUCUUAGUUCCCCACUCCUAAAUAGCCGUGUUGGUAAAACUAAGAAUGACUGCCCUGAGAAAUUUGGGGAAAUGCAAAGAAUGAAGACCUCCCUUUCUGUCCCCAGAUCCUGACUUUUCCAAAGUGCCUUAAAGCAAAGGAGACAGAUACCUUGAGUGGUGACCUCUUUGUUACUUACUUUACUCUUAGAACAAAAUUCUGACUUUUUUUUUCUUUUUUGUUUUUUCUAUUACGUUUUCCUUCAUGUUCCAUUGGAAUAGUCAAGUAUGUGGCACAUUCUCAGGACCAAGGGAAAUCCUGCUUCACCUGUUCCCUAUUUGCUGAUCUUCCGGUGCUUUCAUGGGGUCCACCUGGGCCCAAGGUCAGUCCUGGACCUUGCCUGGUUUAUGAGAUGCUGCAGGGCCUGUUUUUUUUCUCUGGGGAGUUCAAGGCUGAGGGUUCAGGGAGCAUUUCUUUCACCUGGAAGUUGUCAUAUGCUGUGCCUUUCUCUGUUUUUGUCUGUUCUGUUGCUGGUGACUCCAGAAUGGCCUUUGGGAAAGAUCGGAGAGCAGAGGUGGCACAGGAGGGUAAAAGAAAUGCUGGUGCUGGCUCUCAGCCCGGGCAGGGUCUCUGCUGAUCCGAGGGCUGGAUGUGGGGCACCCCACACAGCUGGGAGGGGAGCUUUCCUGUCCAGUGACAUGUUGUGUACUGUGUAUUUUGAUUUCCCAUGUACGCAAAUGUAUCUCUUUACCAUUGUAACCGGGGGAUGGGGGGAAUGUCUGACCUUGAUGUUCAAAACAGAACUGUAUUUUUGCCUUUAAAUUUCCAGUAAUAUAACGUGAAUAAAUGACCCUAUCUUUGUAA